AUGGAUACGGAUGCUUUUCACGACAUACAUUUACCUCUUCUUGAUGCUUGUACUGCACCGAGUACACUCUUACCGUUUCUGGUUGCUGAGACCCCUGUAAACAACGUUACAGUAUUUUGGGAACCUGACCAUCAUGAUUACGACGAUAUGAUGAAAGUUCUAGCCAACUCUGCAGCUCCAAUCAGGGUCCUCAACACCCUAAGGCCAGGGUGGAGCAUUGAUCUUGCCCGCUCAGUAGCCAAGAAUUUGCCCUCGUUAACUUUUCUGUCUAUCCAAAAUAUUAUGCCUAUAUUACCAAUGAUAUCAACAGGACAGUUUAUGUCUUCGUUCGAAGGACUUCUUCCACAUUUUAGAAAUAUUGAAUACCUUGUGAUCACUCGCGUGACACUUCUGGACUUCUACGCCGAAUUCAGAGUUUUUGAUCGUGACCUCUCAGUGGUAAUAAGGUGGGGAAAUAUAUGUCCGACAUUGAAAGUCUGCGUUUUCCCUUCUGGUGUCGUGUGGCACCGUAUCAAAAACAAUGCAUGGAUCCCUGAAAUCUCUCACCCUUUAAGCGAGGAAUGGCUGAUGCGUACGAUUGCGAAGAAUAAAUACCCUGUCGUGGAGGGCUACAUAACGGAAGCCUUGAAAACCUAUAUCGUCACCUCGGGAAAGGACGACAAACUUGGCCUUCGCAGGUUAGUCAUGCCUGACAGUUCCCGAGUUUUUGAGUGGAUAAGGGGUGGCCGACGAACCGACAAUGUCAGCGAUGGCGACAGCGACGAAGAUGAAGACGAAGAUGAGGAAGUUGAUGAAGACGGAGACGAUAGAGACGAAGAUAGUGACUAUUUGAGCGACGAAACAGGAGAAGAUCAGGAAAGUGAUGAUCUGAGUGAAGGGGGUGGUGAUAUGUUUGUAUGGUGAUAUUUCACUGCUCCGCAAUACCUUUACUAUCACAGCAACAGCCCCGGUAUAUUCGGUUGCGGCUCCAGUACAGAUCGAUACGAUGUACCCUAUUGGUCUAGCCAAUGACAUGUGUCUCAAUAUCGUGGAUUCCCCUUCAAUGUCGAGCAGUC